UUUCAUCCGGAGGUUGUUUGUCGGUCUCAUUUCCUCCGUGUUGAUCGAUGUGACACCAUGCUGAGUUCAGACUGCCGGAUUGUUAUUAUUAUUGAUCAUCAUCGUUUAACAACAGAAGAGAGAGACUUUGAUCGAGAUGUCGAACCACGAUUGGAACAAGAAGAUGUUAAUGGAGCUGCUGAAGCGACCGGAGGACAGCCGGUGUGCUGACUGCGGAGCAGCAGAUCCAGACUGGGCGUGCUACAAGCUGGGUGUGUUUGUGUGUCUGAACUGCUCCGGCGUCCAUCGCAGCCUCUCCAGCCGGGUCAAAUCCAUACAGCUGGACUACUGGGAGGAUGAAGUGGUGGAGUUCAUGAAGUCCAACGGCAACGCCAAAGCCCGAGCUAUGUUUGAGAAAGCUGUUCCAGCGUUCUACUACCGGCCCCGGGAACACGACUGCGACGUCUUAAGAGAGCAGUGGAUUCACGCUAAAUACGAAAGGAUGGAAUUCACAGGAGAAAUCAAGUAUCCACCGAUCUCAUACACCACAGGUUUCUAUGAGGGGAUGUUGUGGAAGAAAGGGAAAGAGAACACACAGUUUCUGAAGAGGAAGUUCGUGCUGUCGGAGAGAGAUUUUACCCUGACUUACUACAACAAGGAGAACGAGUCCAAAGGCCCUAAAGCUAUAAUCUCCAUCAAGGACCUGAACGCCACCUUUCAGCCAGAGAAGAUUAAUCAUCCUCACGGGCUGCAGAUCACCUACCAGCACGACGAUCACACCAGGAGCCUCUACGUUUACCACGAGAGUCCUGAGGAAAUAGUGACGUGGUACAACGCCAUUCGUGCUGCUCGCUACGCGUACCUGAAGACGGCGUACCCGACGGGAAGCGAUGAAGAACUGAUACCAAAGAUAACAAGAAACUACCUCAAAGAGGGAUACAUGGAAAAGACGGGGCCAAUGCAAACGGAGCCGUUCAAAAAGAGGUGGUUUAUUUUGGACUCCCAAAACAGGAAGUUGUUUUACUUCAAAGGCAAGCUGGACGCAGAGGAGUUAGGGGUCAUUUUCAUCGGCACAGAGAACAAAGGUUACUCUGUGAAGGAGUAUGUCCCGAAGCACGCUCGGGGAAACAAGUGGAAGUGUGGCGUUAUGGUGAAGACGCCCGGGCGACAGUUUGUCUUCAUGUGCGAGCAGGAGAGGGAGCAGAAAGAGUGGCUGGACGCUCUCAGACAGGUGCUGUCCAGGCCCAUGGCACCGCAGGAUUAUACCAUUGAAGCCAAUAUCAGCUAUAAAAGAUGAACUACAGAGAAGUGUGACAACAGGAUGAUGGAGAGAAGACGGCAGCGUUUGACUGAACUCAUGCAGCACAACAGAUGAGCAGCGAUCUGCUGUCACUGCACCGUUAUCAGUACUGACUCUCAUCUUCAUCAGUUGUCCUAAUGCAUCAUGGACCACGACUCUGGCUGUGCUCUGCCACAGUGUGGAUUUAAGACUUCCAUCCAACUCACUUUAACUGACACUGGAUCUGAUGCUCAAUCAGAAAAUACUGUAUCAUCAUGUAAAAUCCACUCUUAUGACCAAACACACACCCCUGACACGAGCUCAACACUGUUAUAUUGUAACAGAAGACAGGUUACAAUCACUGCAUAUCAUGCUAGUUUCUUAGGUUUUAAUAUUUUUAAAUUUACUAAUGAAUCUCAUUUUACAUUUGGUAGCGAACAUGAUUCAUGACAUCAUGCCUAGAAUAAUAAACAACUUUUUUUUUUUAAA